AUGCUUGGUGCAGAAUACCUGGAAUCGUGGCUAACGUCUUUUUGGCGUUACUUGUUGUCGAUUUUCUACCGAAAAGAGCUAAAUAUUGUGAUUGUAGGGCUACAAAAUUCAGGUAAAACGUCUUUGACUCGCGCACUUGUGCAGAAACCGUUUGAACGCGAUACUAUUCCAACUCUGGGUGUGCAGACAGAACGCAUCACACUGGGGCUAAACACAGUACACAUAUUUGAUCUGGCGGGUCAAACUCGGUUCCAUCAUUUAUGGCACCGCUAUUUGUGUCGCGCAGACCUUGUAAUCUACGUUUUGGACCUUUCAGACCUAAGCAGUUGGUCGCAGGCCAAACAAAAACUUCAGGAAGUUAUAUGUGACACCAACCACGACAAUGUUCCUAUGUUGAUUUUGGGUAACAAGAUCGAUCUUCUGUCCCAAUUGGAAGCCAACUCAACAUCUACUGGCCGCCGCAUGCCGAAGAAAUCUGGUCCAGACCAGAACACCCUGGAUAAUUGGAAGUUUCUGGCUCCCCUAUUGCGAAACUACGAGUUUGACGAUAUACCGACCUAUCAGCUCGACGAAACCAAUCUCUACGUUCUUCGAAACGUGGAAAUACUCUCCAAAGAGCUGGGUCUAGAUCUCAAGAACGGCAUUCUUCACUUACCAAACUCCCAAAUCUAUCUCGACCGGGACUUGGCAGUUUUCACUAUAAGUUGCAAGAACGGAGACUACGUUCAAGACGUUAUCGACUGGAUAGUUCAACUGUAA